UUUGACAAACCGAACGAGCAUCCUCUGCACAAAGCCCCCCAAUUGUUCAACGAGCAACUAGCCACCUAUGGCGUCCGCUGCAAGAGACAUCAAACGUAGCCCUGGUGGACACGCUCGUAGUGUUUCUCGCAGCUUCAGCUUUUCCACUUCCCCGUCAGCGGCUGUCUACUCCUCACCAUCCAGCCAAACCGGCAUGCAUGCUGCAAACCCGGCAGCCCUCAAACCAUUAAAACCAUUUGCGACUGAGGAUAUCAAAAUAUUACUUCUGGAAAAUGUAAACCAGACAGGAAGGGAUAUUUUGCAAGAACAGGGCUAUCAGGUCGAGUACUUGAAGUCCUCGUUACCGGAGGAUGAGCUGAUUGAAAAGAUCCGGGAUGUGCACGUCAUUGGCAUACGGUCCAAGACCAAGCUAACAGAGCGGGUACUCAAAGAAGCCCGUAACCUCAUCGUCAUCGGCUGCUUUUGUAUCGGCACGAAUCAAGUCGACCUCCAGUAUGCCGCGACACAUGGCAUGGCAGUGUUUAAUUCCCCCUUUAGUAACUCGCGUAGCGUGGCUGAAUUGGUUAUCGGCGAGAUCAUUUCCCUGGCUCGACAGCUGUGUGACCGAUCGAGCGAGAUGCACAAUGGGAUGUGGAAUAAAGUGAGUAGCAAAUGCUGGGAAGUGCGCGGAAAGACGCUUGGAAUCGUCGGAUAUGGACAUAUUGGAUCCCAACUGUCCGUCCUGGCGGAUGCGAUGGGUAUGAACGUGAUAUACUAUGACGUUGUCAAUCUGAUGGCAAUGGGAACAGCGCGACAAGUGCCCACCUUGCGAGAUCUUCUCAGUGAGGCCGAUUUCGUAACUCUACACGUCCCCGAACUGCCAGAAACCAAGAACAUGAUCAGCGCGGAACAGCUGAGGCAGAUGAAAUAUGGGAGCUAUCUCAUCAACGCCAGCCGCGGAAGUGUUGUCGACAUCCCUGCUCUAAUCCAAGCGAUGCGCGAGGGCAAAAUCGCGGGAGCUGCGCUUGAUGUCUACCCCAACGAACCUGCGGGUAACGGGGACUAUUUUAACAAUGAGCUCAACAGGUGGAGUGCGGAUCUGAGGGCAUUGAAGAACCUAAUCCUCACACCGCAUAUUGGUGGGAGUACCGAGGAGGCGCAGAGUGCGAUUGGCAUUGAAGUUGCCCAGGCGUUGGUGCGCUAUGUAAAUGAAGGUGUGACGAUAGGGGCCGUAAAUAUGCCUGAGGUGCAUCUGCGGUCCUUGACGAUGGAAGAGCCCAACCAUGGCCGGGUCAUUUUCAUCCAUCAAAAUAUUCCUGGCGUACUGCGGAAAGUAAACGAAAUCCUUAGCGAUCACAACGUUGAUAAACAGAUGACUGAUAGCCGUGGCGAUGUUGCAUAUCUGAUGGCUGAUAUAAGCGACGUUCAUACCAGCGAUAUUAAGGAUCUCUACAACAGGCUCGAGAACUUACCAUCUCGAAUUAUGACCCGGAUACUGUAUUAAAUGGACCACUUUCAUAUUCGUAAUAAACCUAGCUACCUACUCAACGACAUCUAGGCACCCGCUGUGUAUAUUAACCGGCCAGCAAAUUCAGCAUUAAUAUCUAUGUCUUCGUCAUGUUUUUCAACAAAAACAAAUGCCCAAUUUCUUUUUGGCGUUGGCAGCGAGGGGACUGCGUUAUUUCAUGAGCCAAAAUUUCUGGAGAUACGAAAAUGUAGCUCUUAUAGGGGUUGGACCCAAUAGUUAACUGCAUAUGUCUUAUCCGUUGUGUCCCACUCUGCAUGUAUCAAUAUGGCAUUCUUGGAUCGUUUGUCUGAUGGAAGUAAUACACGUGUACUUGUUUAUCCACGUCAUUAACUACUUAAAGAUGGGGGGUAACAUGACAACAUCACCUCUAUUCGUGUGAAGUGCUAUUUUAAAAUACACUGCGUCUUUUCAUUCGAGGGCCAAAAACACCAAUACGCAGAGAGCGACGCCACCAAACAACCCGUCCAUGCUGCCAGGUUAAAACCGAAGCGGACAUUUUCCAUGGCAUAUUUCAUUAAAGUAAACUUGGUUAAGCAUGCCUCAAGCUAAAUUUGAUUAAAUGAUAAAAGUAAGCGGAAGGUGGGAGCUCAAAUAGUAUUGAUAUUUGAGACUUCUCCAUAUGAAAUACUGCGGGUUUUAGUAAGCGGCGACUAAAGUGAUCACCGCCGGUGAAGAUCAUAGUAGGAAUUGCUUUCCCGAGAUCGAGUUCUAUGUCUGGGUUCUGGGCUUCGACUUCGUCUUCUCGAACGAUCCCGAUCAUAAUCCCGUAGCUCUGCAGUAUCUCGUCUACCAUCGUCCCGGCCUUUGAAGCGGUCAGCUGGCCCAUCAUAGUUUGGGAUGUAUGAAUCCAGACCACUCUCCCUGCGAGGUGGUGGGCCAUCUCGUCUGGGUUCGAGACGACUGUCUCCUCGCCACGCCUGGCCGGCCGUCCAUGGAUGGUAGGAAGAUACGGGUGGUUUAGGGGGCAGCGUGGAAUCUCGUUGCCAAGCCGGAAGAUGUCCGCGUGGUUCAUCAGAGGCCAGUUUUCUCUGCGGCUGUGCGACGUCCGGGACGCGGUUGUCGAACUGUCGCCGAGGGGCUACGGAAGCUCCAUUUGUUGGAGGGCCACGAGCUACAUUCGGAAUUCGGCUCAAUUUCUGGUCGGAGUUUUGCCUCAAUCCUGAUCCAGAGGUCCAUUCGCCGUUUGGACCCAUGCCUACUGAACCCCCUGCAGGGGCAGGGGGUAAAGCGGCUUUCUGGCCGCGGAAUUUCCGUCUAUCAAGCUCAUGCGAAUCUUCAAAUUUCGGCAAAUCGCCAGGUCGCGCGGGGAAUGGGGGACUGCGAAAGUAUGGAUGUUGAAGAGCGUCAAUUGCAUUGAUCCUUUUGCGCCAAUCCAGUUUAAG